AUGGUAACAGAGAGGAUAUGCUCACAGCUCUACCGAGCUGAUCCACUCUCAGCCAAGAACCAAGCCAGCCAAGUUUCUUUAGCCCAGCCCAGUUUCCAUCGUGGAGCAAGUUUCCCUGUACGUCUUCUUCUUCCUGUACGAACCCCUCCAUGGCCGCAUGAUCUUCUUCCCCUUCUGGAUGCUUGCCACCUGCCUCCUUUCCAAGACACCAGGAGAGCUCCACAGAACCCUAGCUCGCUCCUCCCUCGCCCUCGCCGCGCCGCACCAUCGUUAUCCCCACCUUGCUGUUUCUUCGUCUGUGAGUUGAGAGGGUUUUUACCUGGAGUUUUUGCCGACCACCGCCGUCGCCAUGAGCCACCUCGAGCUGACCUGAGUAGGGGAAAAGAACCCCCUCUGCUUCCUCUUCUUCCUGGACGUCGCCACGGAGCAGGACACGCCAAGGACUGCCCGAGCUCGUCCACCUCUGCUGUCGUCUACCCGGCCAUCCUCUUCUUCCUCUACGCCGGCCGCCUCCGCCGCUUCCACCUCGCCACCAGCCACCCCAGGGUGAAGUCCGAGUGCAAAGAAGCAACUCUGCCCUGUCCGCACCUGACCGGCGCCAUUGCAGUCCACGGUGACCAAGCACGACGGCACGGAGCGGAUGCAGCAGUGGAUCUCCGCGAGCAAGAUAUGGAUGACGGCAGCCGUGGAGACGACCGCGAGUGUGUGCCGGUAGUCAUGGUUCGCCUUUUGUAUUGCAGGUUAAUUAGUACUGGGUGAAAUCACGGAGACCUCGAUUUGAACCAGAUCCGAGCUCCAGAGCUCCUACCCCACCUCCCCGCGCUAGAGAUCUUCCCCACGCAACUUGUACUCUGCUUUCGGGUCGCCCGUCGUCAUCGCGGAGCCGCACGUCGCAGAGCCGCCGUCGUGGAGGAGGUCGAGCCCCAGGAUGCGGCGAGCUUGGUCAACGGGGGCAGCCCUAGAACCUUGUACCCAUGCGCGCCACUGCCGGGAGCACCUCGCAGCUGCACAGCGGAUUGGUUGCUUGAGGGGAAAGUGAAGGUGUUUCUUUUUACAUGUGUGGGACGAAGGGCUUAGUUUUUUUUUCUUUUGUUCGAUGGAACGCUUCGGGUGACUUGCCGGUGGCACUAUAUGUAAUUUUGA